CUGUUAUCUACAGUACUGAACUGAAACGAAUCUUCUUUAUGUGUUCCAGAACCCUGGCCUCCAUUGCAAAUAGUAGCCACCAAAGACGCGAUGCGAUGACAAGCAAUUCCAUAUUUGCAUUACACCAUCCACUGUUUUAUAUCCAUCAUUGAGUAUAAGACAAGCUCUACUGAGGUGUCGAGGCGACGAGAUCGUGCGCAACGUCUUUGAUCUUCACUUCCACGCAAAAUGCCGGCUUCUGCUAUCGCUAUGGGUGCUCUUGACUCUGCCGAUAGCACGGUCUCCUCGUCUCCCAGCCAUCAAAUGGUCAACGAAGAUGGCCUCGCUGCUGGCCAGGAAAAAAUCAGCAAAGAUGAUGCCUUCGUACUGGACACAGAGAUCAAUGCUAUCCCACAUUAUCAUGACGAUGGCACUGGCGGUAACGAGACCACAAUCGUCACAGGUGCUGAUGCCGCCAAAUACCUGCUGCCGCUGCGGGACGACAGCGAGCCUGCGUUGACCUUCCGGAGUCUCUUCCUAGCCUCGGUGCUGUCAUGUUUUCAGGCUGUUAUGACCCAGAUCUACACCUUCAAACCGACUUAUGUAACUAUUCAAGGCACUUUUAUUGUGGUCAUUGCCUAUUUUCUCGGAAAAGCAUGGGCCGCAUUUCUCCCCCGGGGUGAUCGAUAUGAGGCCCGAUGGAGGGAGCGAGGUGGUCAGGGAAGACCUCCCCUAUGGAUCAGGAUCAUCUCCUUUUUCAACUACGGGCCUUGGAAUCUGAAAGAGCACGCGGUAUGCUCUCUUACUGCAACAUCCGCCUCCAAUGGCGCCGAUGUUAGCACUGUAUUCGCUGCGCAAAAGCUCUUCUAUAACCUACCCCUAACUGCGACCACCGUGGUCUUGAGUACCAUCUCGAUUGGAUUGUUUGGCUACGGCCUUGCCGGUAUCAUGCGUCCCAUUGCCGUCUGGCAAGUCGAUGCAGUUUACUGGGGCACUCUUCCUGUGGUGAAAACUCUUCAGGGUCUUCAUUGGCAGAACCUGAAGGGCUCCAAACCUCUCCGAUACUUUUGGUAUGCUUUUGCGGCCAUGUUCUCCUACGAGUGGUUCCCUGCCUAUAUUUGGCCAUGGCUCAACUCUAUCUCCAUUCCCUGCCUAGCCUCAAUGCAUGCUACUGGUAACACUGCUUCUAUACUGACAACCCUCUUUGGCGGGUCUGUCAACAACGAGGGAUUAGGGCUCUUCAGUUUUUCUUUCGACUGGCAAUAUAUCACUUCCUACCAGACUUCCCUUCCUCUUAAGCUGCAAGCCAAUGCUGCGGCAGGCUUCCUCGUCUGCUAUAUUGUGAUGCUCGCCAUCUACUACGGUAACGCCUGGGGCUCAAAGUCUCUCCCAUUCAUGUCGACGCAACUUCUAUCAAAGAACGGCACAACGUACCCUAGCGCCGAAAUUUUCCCCGGUGGUGUGCUCGAUACGUCCGGUUUGGCCAAGUACGGUAUUCCCAAACUUAGCGGGACCUUCGCGUAUGCAAUGUUCAUGGCGAAUGCUGCCAUCGGCGCUAUGGUCGCCCACUGUUUCCUCUUUUGGGGCGGGGACAUAAAAAAGGCAUACAAGAACGCAAAAAAAGCGACCUAUGAAGAUCGACAUCAUGCACAUAUGGCGGAGCAUUACAAGGAAACACCAUGGUGGUGGUACGUUUCCGUGCUCGUUUUCAGUUUCGUCAUCGGUCUCGUCGUCGUUAUCAAGGAGAACAUUACCCUUCCCGUUUGGGCAUACAUCGUGUCGCUAGUGGUUGGAAUAGUAUUUGCACCCUUUAGCGCCAUCCUCUACUCUCGUUAUGGUAAUGGUAUCGCUACGAAUAACCUCUCAAAACUAAUGGCAGGUCUGAUCCUCCCCGGCCGCCCCGUCGGUAACAUGUACUUUGCUUGUUGGUCACACAACACCAUUUCCAACACAGUCAACCUAUGCAAUGACUUGAAGAUGGGUGAAUACCUCAAGAUUCCUCCCCGCGUCAUGUUCAUCACUCAAUGCUACGGUACUAUACUAGGCGCUUUCAUCAAUUACGCCGUAAUGAUCGCCAUCGUUACAGGCAAUUCCGAAAUCCUCAUCAAAGGCAACGGUGACUCUUCCUGGAGUGGCGCGACCAUCCAGGCGUAUAAUACCAACGCGGCUUCGUGGGCGCUCUCCAAAUACCUUUAUCGGACAGGUACCCCGUAUGAGAUUGUACCUAUUGGACUUGCCAUAGGCGCUGGCGCCGUCGUUGUUCAUCGUGUCGUUGUUCAGUUCAUCCCCAAGAUUCGAAACUUCUCACUCAAGGAUUUCAAUUUUCCCCAAUUCAUCCAAUACGCCGGCUACAUCCCCUACAACCAGAGCCAAACCUGCGUCAUCUGGAGCCAGCUUUCAGCUGGAUUCUUCGUCCAAUAUUACCUCCGGAACUACCAUCCGCGGAUCUUCAAGGAUUAUUCGUAUCUAGUCACGGGCGCUUUUGAUGGGGCGAGUCUGACGGUGUUGUUUAUUUUGUCUUUUGCUGUUUUUGGGGCUGGUGGGAGGUCGGUUCCUUUUCCGACAUGGUGGGGGAAUAAUGUUAAUGGCAAUUACGACUUUUGUCCUGCGACGAACUGAUUAGGUUAAGUAGGCGGGCUUGGAUAUGCAGCUUGAAAUAAAUAGGAUACGACUCAUGGCGACCUAGUGGUCUAUCUGUACUAGAUAGGGGCUCGUGAAUAGGCAGGCGAUUGCUAUUAAAAUUAUAUACAAUAUACCAGACUCAUA